CCCGCGCUUUUCGGAUUUCCGCGUUUUUCCUAGCAAGUAUCUCUGUUUUCGGAGCAUCUUGCUCUGCGGGUCUUCGCCGGCAACUGGGUGUGCUCUCUUGGGCCUCAAAAUGCCUGUUAAAAGAUCACUGAAAUUGGAUCUGUUAGGAGAAAAUUCAUCUGAUCCUUCAGAAACCACGAGGAAGAAAAGUUUCACAACUUACUCUCCAACAACUGGAACUUGUCAAAUGAGCCCAUUUGCGUCUCCCACAAAACAUAAAGACCGGGAGUGCCCAGUUGGGCCAUCAAAUGAAAAGAGGAGAAAUUUGAAUAAUCUUCACUUACCUGAAAGCACAGAAUCUGCAACAGAAGACAAUGAUGAAUUCCUGAUGUUGUUAUCUGAAGUUGAAAAAUCAUCCGAAGAAAUCAUGGAAAUAAUGGAAAAUUUAAGUAGCAUACAGGCUCUAAGGGGCAGUAGAGAGCUUGAAAAUCUCAUUGGUUUCUCCUGUGCACCACGUUUCUUAAAAAAAGAGUUGAAGAAAACACAAGAGCUAAUGAUGAAAAUAACAAAACAAAAACUGCUUGAGAGGAAGAGCUCAGAACUUGCCAACAAAGAAGUACAUCACAUUGACAGCUAUGAUUUCCUUAAAGCCAUCUUAAAGUGAGGCAUCUCCAAGAAAUGCACACAUGGUGAGCGCCGGCUUCUGCAUCUGCCCGAUCGUAUUUAAGGACACAGAAGAAAUGUUUGUAAUUAAUCUGCCCAGUAAACACCAGAUCACAGCACAAGGCAGGUGCAGGUCGAGAUAAGAUUUCUUGCAGCUAAUUUAAACUUUCUGCACACCCCAGUAGAUAAUCUCAAUGUAAAUAAUACAUUUCUUCUGGGCUUUUUAGUGGAAGCUCACACCUAGGAGAGGCUCCUGUAUCGUUACAUACAUUUCUCUGCAUUUCUACAUACGUUUUAGCAUUUUGGAUAGACUUAUUA